CACGCACGCUUUCGGUCCUUUUUGGAAGAUGGCUGAGCUCCCUGUGGUGCCGAGUGACCUGUUUCAGCAUGUUUACUCUUUCCUGUUGGAAAAUAAGUUCACAAAAGCGGCCGAUGAAUUUCUGAAGAAGGCUAAAGUGAAACCUCAGGACCCAAAGGAUAGCAGUCUUACUGACAUAUUUAACUUCUGGAUCAAGUCUCCAGAGGCCAAGAAAAGAAAAGCGAUUGGUAAUGGUCCAGCUGCCAAAAAGGUGAAGAAGGAUGACAGUUCAGAUGAGGAGGAUUCUUCUAGUGGGGAUGAAGAAAAGCCACCUGCUAAAACACCAGUAAAGAAACCAAUCCCCAAGAAGACUGAAACUUCUAGCAGCAGUGAUGAAUCAGAUGAAAAAAAUGACAAGAAGCCUGCAAAAAAGAAGACAACCCCUGCAACAGCAACCCCUAAAACACCAUUAUCCGCAACUUCAAAGCCGAUAGCUCGAAAGAAGGAUACCAGUUCAAGCAGUGAAGAGUCUGAAAGCUCAGAAGAUGAGAAACCCACAGCUAAAGCAGUUGCACAAAAAGUAGCUGCAUCUUUGGCCAAAUCAACCCCUGCCCAGGCAAAAGAAACCAGCAGUGACUCCAGUGAUUCCAGUGACACUGAGGAUGAACAGCCAGCAAAGAAAGUUGCAGGCUUGCCUAAGCCAUUGGCUUCAUCUGGGAACUCGGACUUAAAGAAGAAGGUCUUGACUACUCCUAAAACCUCAAAACCUCCGGCAAAGGCAGUCCCAAGCAAGGCGGCUGCAGAGUCUAGCAGUGAAGAUUCUUCUGAAAGUUCAGAGGAGGAAAGUGUCCCUCCCAAAAAACUCAAACCAGGUACAUACAGUGCUGUGCCACCUCCUGUAGAAAAACAAAACUUAUUAUCUGCAUCAAAACCUGUAAAGAUGGCAGUGAAAAAAACAGCAAGCAGUAGUGAUUCUUCAGACAGCAGUGAAGACAGCAGUGAAGAAGAAAACAUGGCAGCUAAUACAACAUCCAGUGUGAAAGGUCCAGUAAAGGCUAAGCCUAAUAGCUCAGUGAAAACGACUACACCAGCUAAGGCUGUGUCAUCCAUAAAACCCGUGAAGACCAUCCAAUCAAAAUGUGAUAGCACAGCUAAAUUAACCAAACCAGGUAAAGCUGCAUCUUCCACAAAAACUCCAAUGAAGACCGUCACGUCAAAGUCUGAUUCCUCAGAUUCAAGUUCUGAAGAGGAUGAUGAGCCACCACCACCCAAGAAAGCUACCAAUAAAGCUACUCCUGUGAAGCCUGCUGAGGCAAAAAAAGUAGUGCCCAAAAAACCUGCCUCAUCUUCAUCUGAUAGUUCUGAUUCUGACAGCUCAGAAGAUGAAACCCCAGCAAAACCAGCUACAAAGGUAACUGCAUCUAUUCCAAAUGUAAAGACACCUUCCAAGCCAGCUACCCCUGUAACUGGACCUCAAAGUAGCAAGGCUUCCUCAGCGACAAAGAAAAUUGCCACACCCAGCUCUGACUCGGACAGCUCCUCAAGUGAUUCUGAAGAUGAGAGUGCUGCCACGAAAGCACAAAAGAAAAACUCAAAACCCCCAAAUGUGGCUGAGUCUGCAAAGAAGAAGUCUUCAGUAACCUCAAACAAAGUGACUGUAGCGAAGAAAGCUGAGUCCAGCAGUAGUGACUCUUCAGACAGUUCAAGUGAAGAUGAAGCACCAAAAAAGCCAGCAACUGUUGUAGCAUCCAAAGGAUCAACACCCAUGGCAAAACCAGUAACUGCAAAGAAGCAGGAGACCAGCAGUGAGAGCAGCACAUCUGACAGCUCUGACUCAGAGGCUGAGAAAAAGAAGACAUUAAAUACCAAAGUGACUGUACAAAAGUCCAAGCUCACAGCUGUAGUUACCCCACAGAGCAAAACGGUGCCUCCAAAGAAGCAGCAGGACAGCUCGAGUAGUGAUGAAAGUAGUUCGGAGUCCGAGACUGAACAGAAAAUAAGUAACAACAAAGCCAAACCUGCUUCCACUACUAAGAGCAAACCAGUUCCAGCAAAGAAAAGCAGCAGUUCUGAAGAUAGUUCUGAUGAAGAGGAGGAUGUGACCCCACCAAAGGUCAAAUCACCAGUGACCCCUUCAACCAACGGUAUUGCAAAGAAAAAUACAUUAUCCUCUGAAAGUGAGAAAGUCCUCAAAACUCCAGUUGAAAAGAAAACCCAACAAACCCCUCAUUCCUUUCCCAAAGCAAAUAAGAAUUCGAAUGCUCCUUUCCGUAGAAUCAGAGAAGAAGAGAUUGAAGUAGAUCCUCGUCUUAAUGACAACUCAUUUUCAGCCAAGAAAGGAGCACAAGGGGACUGGGGUGAGAAGGCCAAUGACAUUCUGAGGUUCACCAAGGGUAGAUCAUUUCGCCAUGAGAAGACCAAGAAGAAGCGUGGUAGUUAUCGAGGGGGAGCCAUCUCUACCGGUGUUCACUCCAUCAAGUUUGAUAGUGAUUGAAGUGGAGACUUGACUCCUGGACCAUGCGAUGGUGAUCUUCUUUUUUUGGGGGGGGUGGGUAUGGGGGUGUUCCUUUCCAGAAACACUUGAACAAUCUGAAUUGCAAAUAACCCGUAGAAAAUGGAAUGAUUUCACCUCUGGAUACUUACCUUUUUUUACUCUUUUUUUUUUCCCGUCUGUCUCAUUCUGAUUCUAUUAAUGCAAAAAAAAAAAAAUCAUGGAAAUUGUUUUCAAUAUUAAUGUUUUUUAGAGUCUCCUUCAUGUUUCUGUGUACAUCUUCAGGAGUUUUAAAUCGGUUAUGACACUCUGAAAAAGGAAUGUUGGUGUCGUGUUUUCUUUUUUAAAAAUUUUUUAGCCUAUUGGAAGAGUCUUCUGUAUCACUGUGUCUACCUAAAGCCAUAAAGAAGGGUUUACUGAACUGGUGUAAGCUAGUUGGCCAGUGUGUGUAGCUUUCCCCAACUUUUGUGAAUACUGUGUUUUUUCUGAAAAUGUUAAAAUUUUUGUUUAGUCUGUUUACUUUCCUCUGAACAAACCAAGGUUUAUUUUUUGUAAAAUCCAUUUGUGUGUGCACCAGUCUGUAGGAAUAAAUAGUUUGUUAAUUUUGA